AUGUCAAAAUUCGUUCCCAAGGCUGAAGAGGUUCUGACCGGGGACCACCACGACUCAAUCCGCUCAUCCGAUUGUGAACCUCACAACUCGAACCCAGCUAAUAAGGUCGGACUUCAUGAGGAAAAUUACCAUAACAAGCAUGCUCGUCAUGAAACUAUUGGGGGAACUGAAGGCUCACGCGACACUAGCAUGACCAAGAAACCUGACCCAAAAAUCGACAGUGAAAACGACUCUCGAGGCACCCGACGCGCGCCUGAUUAUUACCAUCUUGAUUCGGCUGAUUACUAUGGUCAUGGCGGAACCACUGGCGUCCAUAAAUCCUAA